CGAACAGCUCGCUUCUAACUGGACUGCAGAUUCGUGACAGUGUCCUGAGCUGUGACAGACCUACUCUGUGACUUUUAGUUGGAUUCAUCUCUCACAUUCCAGAAAACAUGACCCUCGCUGCCUACAAAGAGAAGAUGAAGGAGCUCCCACUGGUGUCUUUGUUCUGCUCUUGUUUCCUGGCCGACCCCCUGAAUAAGUCGUCCUACAAAUAUGAAGCAGACACGGUGGACCUGAACUGGUGUGUAAUUUCUGACAUGGAAGUCAUCGAGCUGAACAAAUGCACCUCGGGCCAGUCUUUUGAAGUCAUCCUGAAGCCACCCUCCUUCGAUGGGGUGCCCGAGUUCAAUGCCUCUCUACCCAGGCGGCGAGACCCAUCACUAGAAGAGAUCCAGAAGAAACUAGAAGCAGCUGAGGAGCGAAGGAAGUACCAGGAAGCUGAGCUCCUGAAGCACCUGGCAGAGAAGAGAGAACAUGAGCGGGAGGUGAUCCAAAAAGCCAUUGAGGAAAACAACAACUUCAUCAAGAUGGCUAAGGAAAAACUGGCCCAGAAGAUGGAAUCCAAUAAGGAGAACCGGGAGGCCCACCUUGCCGCCAUGUUGGAACGGCUGCAAGAGAAGGACAAGCACGCCGAGGAAGUGCGGAAAAACAAGGAGCUGAAGGAAGAGGCCUCCAGGUAAAGCCCAG